AUGGUCCCUAUAACAACUGUGGCCGCGCCACGCAAGACACUGGGUGCAGAGCGGGUUCGUAGGUACCGCCAUGACCCUUACGGUGCCCGUGUUCUUGGGUCACUUCCCACCGAGAAUGCUUCUGUCACUGCUCUCUCAUGUGUGGCUCCCCCAGAGUACAGUGCUGUAGCGGAAAAACUUGUGAAAACUGCAAUGCCGGAAGUUUUGCCGAUCGUAAGUUCGAAUAGCCCUGUUGUCUACAGUGGUAUUGUGGCAUUCAAGUACGGCGUGAAGAGGUUCUACGCGCCUUUCUAUGUGCAGGUAGGCGAGGCUGUCGUAACUGAGGGAGAUCGUGGAGAGGACCUCGGCUUCGUGCAGCACGUUGAGGCCCUGCCCAGCGUCCCAGCCUAUAUUGGCGAGCAGGUGCUCCGUAAGGCCACGCCAGAGGACCUUCAACGCCACUACUCCCGCGCCGAGAAGGAAAAAGAGGCCCUCUGCACCAUGCGCAUGCUUGCAAGAGAGGUAAAAUGUUCCGCAUUCAUUCAGGAUAUUAUGUACCAGCUAGACGACCGCAAGAUCACUGUUAUCAUUGCAAGGGAAUCACGCUCGUACGUUGAUUUCCGACGUCUUCAGCGUGCGGCGUUUGACGUGUUCCGUUGCCGUGUGUGGUGUGCAUACCUCGAUGAAAUCACAGUACCUCAAGUAGGCGGUGCCACUGCCACUCCACCACCACUGCCGCCGCCGCUGGCGCAGCAGCAGCAGCGUCCCUUGUACGGAAGGCGGUCCUACUGUUCAGCGUUGCUAUCCGGCACAUGCGAAGUGAGCGCGCAGGCCUAA